UUGAAGGACCUUUUUGUAAUUUUGACUCAACCUCCGUUUCCAAGCUAACUAAAAAAACAUUUUUCCCUCUCGUUCUGAACCAGAGAGAAGGAGAAAGAAGAAACGGCAAAAGUCGCAAAUCCAACACACUUAAUCUUUGCUUUGCUAGCUUACGCUUCUGCUAUUCGAGGCACCUUUCUCUCAACCUCCGCAAUGAGGCGGAGACUCGCCGCUCUCUUCUUCGUUUUCGAUCUCUUCGUGGUAUUCGGUUUCGCCGCCCCCUUCGACGCCGAGUCCCUGACGGCGGCGGAGAUCAAUGUCACCGCUUCCCAGUCCAAUGUGUCGGAUUCGAGAUCCAAAGAGGAUAGUUUCGCCGACAAGAUCGAUCGCGCAAUUGAGAAGGAGUUUAAUGACACCGACCAAAAUGAAGCCACUGAUCCUGGUAGUUUCAACAAUAGUGUUGCGGGAAGCAGGUUCGCUGUCUUGGAAACUGUUGCUAGGGUUAAAUCCAAGAAAAAUGAGACCAAGGAAGAGAAGUCAUUUCGGUUCCAUGAUGUUUUCUAUUUGGAUAAUGAAAAUCGAGCAGAUGAUGCACCGACUUUGAUAAAUCAAAAUGAUAAUGUCUUUAUAAUAUCCAACCCAAAAUCAAAGUAUCCUGUUCUACAACUAGACUUAAGAUUAAUAUCAGAUCUGGUAGUUUUCAUUGUCUCUGUAACAUGUGGUGGCAUUGCUUUUGCUUGUGCUGGACAACCGCUUAUUACUGGAUAUCUACUUGCAGGAUCUAUUAUUGGGCCUGGUGGUUUUAGCUUUGUUGGUGAAAUGGUGCAAGUUGAAACAGUAGCUCAAUUCGGUGUAAUCUUUCUUCUUUUUGCUUUAGGCUUGGAGUUUUCAAUAACAAAGCUUCGUGUUGUUCGAGCAGUUGCUGUCCUUGGAGGCCUUCUCCAAUUUUUUCUAUUCAUGUGUUUGUGUGGUACAACAGUCACGUUAUGUGGAGGUAAACCUUCAGAAGGGGUUUUUGUUGGUGCAUUCUUGUCUCUGUCUUCUACAACAGUGGUUUUGAAAUUUUUAAUGGAAAGGAAUAGUUUAAAUGACCUUCAUGGUCAGGUGACAAUUGGUACUCUUAUCCUACAGGACUGUGUUGUGGGCUUGCUGUUUGCUUUAUUUCCGGUCCUAGGUGGCAGUUCUGGCAUUCUUCAAGGUGUAUUAUCAAUGACUAAAUCGUUGGUGAUUUUAAUUACUUUUCUGGCGAUUUUAAGUGUAUUAUCUCGGACUUGUUUGCCAUGGUUUCUCAGGCUUAUGAUAAGCUUAUCAUCACAGACCAAUGAGCUCUAUCAGUUGGCAUCUGUGGCGUUUUGCUUGCUUGUUGCUUGGUGUAGUGAUAAGCUGGGUCUAAGUCUUGAGCUAGGCUCGUUUGCUGCUGGAGUGAUGAUAUCAACCACUGAUCUGGGCCAGCAUACACUUGAACAAGUGGAGCCCAUUCGCAAUUUCUUUGCUGCUCUUUUCCUUGCCAGUAUUGGGAUGUUGAUUCAUGUACAUUUUCUUUGGAAUCAUGUCGACAUAUUGCUAGCAGCUGUAAUAUUGGUGAUUGUUAUUAAAACAAUGGUAGUUGCAGCAGUUGUCAAAGGAUUUAGAUACAGCAAUAAAACUUCACUUCUUGUCGGGAUGUCUUUGGCUCAAAUUGGAGAAUUUGCUUUUGUUCUUCUCAGCCGUGCUUCUAAUCUUCAUCUAGUUGAGGGUAAACUUUACCUGCUACUUUUGGGCACAAUGGCUUUUAGUUUGGUGACUACAUUGCUUUUGAAGCUCAUUCCAGCUGUUGUUCCUCUUGGCGUGCUCUUGCGGUGGUUCCCCCCUGAUAGCCAGAGCGAGAUCGGUUUUAAAGGAGACGGACUUCGUUCAGACAGUGGUAAGCAAAAUAACCGCUCAGACAGUGGUAAGCGUAUUACUUUGCUGGUCCAAGGCUCUCAAGAUUCAUGAUAUUAAUAAAAAAAAAAAGUGAACAAGAAAACAAAGGAAAUGCAAAAUUUGAGCAUUCUCUUGAUGGGGUAUGGAGGACAGCUGCCUAGAUUUGCAAAAGCAAGUUGACCGAGUAAACAAAACAGGUUCUUUUCUAGUGCAAAGAUCUUCGUAUGUUGUGCUCAUUUACAAUGCCAAUUUCUGACAAACCAAAACCUGUUGUAAGAAG